CUAACUCGUGUGUUAACACUCUGAACAUUCGUAAAUGUUUUCCAUUAAUAUUUUUCUUUAUGUAUUGUUACACAGGUAGCUGCAUUCAGUUGGACGUAGAGGAAGCGGGACAUCCUAAGAGAAGUGUGCAUCAAGCCUCUGAACCAAUACCAAAGAAACAUAGAGUAGACGCAACACAGAACGCUAUAGAUCUGGGAAAAAAACAGGUUGACCUCCUGGAGGAACUAUUGGAAGAAGUGAAAGGAAUCAGAAAGAUCCUGGAAGAAAGGAAAGGUGAUGGGGUGCUAACGGGAUUAUUCCAACCUACUGCUCCUACGUGGCAAUACACAGAGAAAGAGCAAGUUCAGCAAGACCAUGAGGGCACCUACACUAGCCUUUAACAAGUAGGACACAUAAUGUUCAUCUAGCAAUCUGAAAUACAACAUUAUUUGAAUAUACAUGGAACAGACAGUACAAAGGAGAAUAUAGCAGAUUGGCGAACAAAACAAUAUAUUUCAUAAAUUAGUAUUAUGUAACCACCUUUAUAAUUCAAGUUAUAUGUCUUGGCUGUGAUAGUUCUAAAGAUUCGGGAUGUUUAGUUCGUUCGUCUUACAUCCCCAACUUAGUUAGACCUUUAAAGUUGUUUGAAAUUUUAUGCAAUCCUCAAUAGAGCCAUAUGUUAUUUUUCAAAUAUGAAUCACCAAAACAUUAUACUCUGUUCUAGGUAUAUUAAUGCAUUAUUUACAUUGUGCAAAAGUGAAAGAUGAAGACAAUGAUGGGAAGGAGUGGUCCAUAUUUGAAAAAUAACACACGACUCUAUUGAGGUUUGCAUCAAAAUUCUG